ACGUGGCUUGUACUGUAGUCUCUACGAAAUGGCGAGCGCAAGAGGUGUACGAGCUGUCGUUGUCGGAGGAACUGGAGAAUGUGGAAGGCAUAUUCUAGGAGAAAUCGUCUGCUCUCCUGAAUGCAUGUGUGCUGCAGCUCACACCAGGUGUAGAGUAUAUAUGGACUAUAUAUAGUAGCAGGUAGAUACGGGUACUGUGUAACUUGAGUGUGCGUGGUGUGAGUUUGACAAUAGAGCCACGUGGAACCGCAGCCUCUCGUGUGUGUAUUAGGUAAUACCUAACAGAGUCGUAGAACACGACACAUGGUGUCAGGAGUGCUAGCGCUAUGAGUACUGAAGACAGUCCACGAAGCAGCGCUGAGCUAGGAGCCAGGGAAGCGCCCGACCGGCAAGGUGACGACACGGAAGACGUUGCAGCUGGAGCUGCAUGCGCAGCGGCUCAACUGCUAGUUCAAGCGACCUUUCCCAGUCCUGGACCACUUCAGGUAAAAGGUAAUUUGGCAGAGAAUUGGCGUGAAUGGAGCCAACUCUGGAGAUCGUACGAGACCGUGACGCGGAUGACGUCGCAGCCAGAUGAAUACAGGCUUGCGUCGUUUAUCACAUGCAUUGGUAGAGCAGGGUUGCGCAUAUACAAUAGCUUACCAUUCGCAGAGGAGGCGGAGAAGACGGAUAUGGCAAGAGUGAUUGAGCUAAUGGAAGCGCAUUGCGUGGGUGAAGCAAAUGUUACGUACGAACGCUUUGUCCUUGAUCAGAGGCGGCAGAAUCAUGGUGAGCCAUUUGACAAAUUUCUAACGUCGGUGAGAGAGCAAGCUCAACGUUGUCGGUUUGGUGACCAAGAAAGCGACAUGAUCCGUGAUAGAAUCGUGUGUGGUGUGCAUGAUCAGGGGUUGCGUAAACAACUCCUGCAAAGAAAGAAUCUCUCAUUAGCAGACUGUGUUGAUCUAUGCAGGGCGUAUGAGGCUACCGAGAAGAGGGCCAAGACGAUGAGCGGAGCAGAUACUGAAGUACACAGGGUGCAGAAGCAGUACGUACCCAAGUCCUCCAAAGUGAAGUCAAAGAGAUAUCAGUCUAAAGACACAGUGAAGGUGAGCGCUAAGACUGAAUGUCAGUAUUGUGGUUUGCAGCAUGCAAAGGGACGCGUGAACUGCCCAGCGAACGGAAAGCAGUGUAGCAAGUGUGGCAAACUAAAUCACUAUGCGCGGAAGUGCCGUAGUCAGCCAAGCGUGAAGUCGCGUGUACACUGUGCGCAGGAAUCUGUAAGUAGUGAUGAGGCAGAAGAGCUCAUGACGCUGACUCUCACAGGGCAGCAUGAUGUCAAUGCAGUUAGGACAGCGAAGUACAGACCACAGAUCAUGGCAACAAUGCUGUUGGAAGGCAAGUCGAUGGUACAGUUUCAAGUUGACACCGGUGCCUCGUGUAAUGUGAUACGGAGAGCUGAUGUGCCAAAACAUGUCAAACUGGAGUCUACCCCUCAGGUUCUAACCCUCUAUGAUCGUUCGAAGGUGACUCCCGUAGGACGCUGUACGCUCCGAUUGAAGAAUCCUAGAAAUAAUCGAAACUACCGUGCGCAUUUCGUAGUAGUUGAUCGAGCAGCAGUCUCUAUUUUGGGUUCACGUGCGGCGCAACAAAUGCAAUUAGUGACAGUGCAGUAUGAUCGAAUACAGCUGUUGGAUGCUCCGUCUACACACCCCGCUGUAGAAACAGACAAGGAUCUCAUGACGGUAGAGAAUGUUAGUGAGCGAUAUCCGCAAGUGUUUGACGGCAAAGUUGGAUCGUUAGGACAGCCGUUACAACUUGACAUAGAUGAGACAGUGACACCGGUUCAGAUUCCCGUACGACGUGUUCCUGUAGCGAUGAGACAACCGUUGAAAGCUGAAUUAGACAAACUAGAGCGGACUGGAGUAAUAGAAAAGAUAAGUAGACCGACCAAAUGGAUGUCUAGUAUGGUGGCCGUGAAGAAAGCGAACGGUACCAUCAGGAUCUGCCUAGACCCCAAACCUCUGAAUCGAGCGCUGAAGAGAUCGCGGUAUCAGAUACCAGUCCUGGAUGAUAUCCUACCGCAGUUAGCAAAUGCUAAAGUUUUUACGGUGGCUGACGUAAAAAGUGGUUUUUGGCAUAUUGAACUGGAUCAGAAGUCAAGGGAGCUGACGACGUUUGGUACCCCGUUUGGUAGAUAUUGUUACAAACGUAUGCCGUUUGGCAUCUCCGUAGCGCCAGAAGUUUUCCAACGGAGACUGCACGAAAUGGUUGCUGACAUUGAUGGUGUGUGGGCCAUUGCAGAUGAUAUUCUGAUCGCAGGCAUUGGAGAUACUGAAGAGAGCGCAGUAGCAGAUCAUGAGAAGAAGCUGAAACAGCUCUUGAGACGUUGUCAGGAGCGAGGAGUGCGUUUAAACCGAGACAAACUUCGCAUAAGAAAGACGAAUGUUCCAUACAUGGGUCACAUCUUGACCACGGAAGGUGUGAGACCAGAUCCAGCAAAGGUGAAAGCUAUUCUAGCAAUGGACAGACCGAAUGACGUGGCAGCAGUUCGUCGUUUGGUAGGAGUAGUAACUUAUCUUGCCAAAUACCUUCGGAAUCUAACUGACAUUAGUGAACCUCUACAUCAAUUGACCAGAAGAGACGUGGAGUGGAAAUGGACGAAUCAGCAAGAGAGAGCUUUUGAGCAGAUAAAAGCAGCAGUUAGUUCCGCUCCAGUUCUUCGAUAUUUUUCAGCUGAAGAUAGUGUUACGCUACAAUGUGAUGCGUCCAGUGUUGGACUCGGUGUUGCGUUGAUGCAAAACGGGCAACCUGUAGCGUAUGCUAGCAGACGACUCACAGAUGCGGAGGAGCGCUAUGCGCAAAUAGAAAAGGAAUUGUUAGCAAUAGUUUACGGACUCGAACGGUUUGAUCAGUAUACCUAUGGUCGUGCAGUAGAUGUGGAAUCCGACCACAAACCGCUAGAGGUGAUUGCAAAGAAGCCGUUGCAGGCAGCGCCAAAACGUCUUCAACGUAUGUUGUUACGUAUACAGCGGUACGACAUCACCAUUCGAUAUAAGAAAGGAACAGAUAUGCAUUUAGCAGACACUCUAUCCCGAGCACCAGUAGAGAGUGACAGAAGAUCUAGAGAAGAGACUAAUCGGGAAGAUAUUUUGGCAAUAGACGCAGAUGAGGAACAAGACAAUGCUUUGCUAUCUUUGAAACCUGAAACAGUACAAAAGAUUAGACAGGCAACAAUCGCGGAUGAUGGUAUUAAGCAGCUGAAGGAAAUGAUUUUUUCAGGAUGGCCAGAUCACAAGAAGCAGAUACCGAGAGCACUGACCCCUUAUUUUGGUGUUCGUGAUCAGCUGGUAGUACAGAAUGGACUAGUCUUUUGUGGAGACAGACUUCUAGUCCCGGAUCAACUGCGAUCCCAUAUGCUAGACAGAGUACAUUCGACGCACUUGGGCAUCAAUGGCUGCAUUCGUCGUGCAAAACAAAGUAUUUGGUGGCCAGGCAUGACAGGACAGAUAAGAGACAAGAUAGAGUCAUGUGAAGAAUGCAACAAGUAUCCAGUGAAGCAGUCUAAGGAGACACUAGUAUCGCACCAUGUCCCAGAACGACCUUGGGUGAAAGUUGGAGUUGAUUUGUUUGAGUAUAGGUCCAAGCACUACUUGGUAAUUUCAGAUUACCAAAGCAAUUUUCUUGAGAUGGAGCGACUACAUGAAACAACGUCGAAGUCUGUGAUCAAAUCAUUGAAACAACAAUUUGCUAGACACGGAAUUCCUGAGCACUUGUUUAGCGAUAAUGGGCCGCAAUUUCAGUCACAAGAAUUUGCUCAUUUUGCAGACGUAUGGAAUUUUCAACAUAAUACUGCAAGUCCAGGAUAUCCGAAGAGUAACGGAAAAGCUGAAAAUGCAGUUAAAGUAGCCAAGAGAAUUCUCAAGAAGUCGCGAGAAGCAGGUACAGAUGUUUACCUAGCAUUACUUGAUUAUCGGAACACCCCGAGUGAAGGACUUGCCACAAGUCCAGCACAACGACUGUUCAAUAGGAGAACACGCACCCUUCUUCCGACGAAAGCUAGUCUUCUUGAACCAAAGAUGAAUCCAGAUGAGAGUGACCAUCAGCGGGUCAACAAAGACAAACAAAAGGCGAAUUACGACAGAAACGCUCGAAAUUUGCCACAAUUGCGUCCAGGUGAUACGGUACGAGUACAGCCACUAACACAGAAACGAGACGUAGUGUGGCCGAAGGCAGUAGUGACUAAUGUGCUACCCAAUAGAUCUUAUAGAAUAGUGACGGAACAUGGUAAAGAAUUGAGACGCAAUAGGGUUCAUCUGAGGAAGGUCAAGGAAGAACCAGUGAGGAUUCCUACCCAGCAGGUAAAGGACACAGCAGGAGGAAGGAAUGACAACCAUGCACCUCAGCAAGUUGUACAGUCAAAGACUACGAAAACACCGAAGAGACAGAUAGAGAACCGGCCAGUAUCUACCACUACCUCCCAAGACAACUCAACGAGAACUACCAGAAGUGGACGAGUGGUGAAGAGUCCAAAGUAUCUUCAAGACUAUGUUACGUAGCUAAAAAAAAAAACUGACAGUACUGUAUAAUGACUGAACGUCUAGAUGGUUGUGUUGCAGUUUUUUUUUUGUUUUUUUUUUGUGUUUAAAGAAAAAGGGAUGUAGAGUAUAUAUGGACUAUAUAUAGUAGCAGGUAGAUACGGGUACUGUGUAACUUGAGUGUGCGUGGUGUGAGUUUGACAAUAGAGCCACGUGGAACCGCA